AUGUUUGCUAAUCUGCGUAAAAGAAAACGCUUUGUCGGUGGUCCGCAACCACAAUUCAUGCAAGUUGCACCGGGUAUGCAAGGUAUGCCAAUGCAAGGUGGUCAGACAAGUAUACAGGAGACGAUACGCGCACCAGGCGCUCGAGGUAUGCGAGGCAUGGGCCUAGGCACUGGCCUGGCGAUGGGUGCGGCAGGCCUGGCCGCCGGUGGUGCGGUGGGAUAUGGAGCAGCCGGCGGGUUUGAUCACUUAUUUGGCUCAAGUGGUUCUCCUGGGGGUGGUAAUGAAGGAGAAAAUCAGGGCAGUGAAGUGGAAACUUCUCACAACGAAGCAAGUUCUGCCAAUGCAGAUGGAUAUUCUAUUGAUGAUGAACAACAUCAAACACAUCACCAUGGCAACGGUUUUUCUAACAAA